AUGGGCAUCACGGAUUCGCACGGGAUAAUGGACGGUAAGAGAGGCCGCAAGCAGCUGCGGAACAUCACGAGGAUUGGGCGUGCAAUCCACGUGCAGGAGGAUGAGGCGAAAUCGCGCGAAGAGCACACGGUAGAGGAGGCACAGGCUGGAGAGCAAACAUCGAACCGCAAACGCGGGAACCAUCCGGCAGAGGACGACGGCGGAGCGCGCGAGUCGCAGUCAUACGGCGCUUUAUUGACGCUGUUGAGCGCGGAGCACGGGAAGCAACGCAAGAAGCGCUUGCGCAAAGCGGAAGCAGAGGCAGCAGAGGCAGCAGAGGCAGGGGAAGAUCCCGAGGAGGCUAUCACCGCGGCGCUGGAGAACAGCGCCCAGGACGCGGAGGAUGCGGAGGACGCAUUCGACGAUUCCGGCGAGAGCGACGAGGAACAGGACCAUUUUGACGUGCACUUCAACCGCGUGUCGGCGGCGGACGUCGCACAGCUGGACGCCGCAUUCAAAAACGGGCGCGCACAGUACCGCGUACAGAAGGAAGCCCGUGGCGAAGAGGAAAUUCUUUACUCGAAGCCCGUGGCGUCGAGCGAGGGCACCGAAGGGCCAGUUCGGGUCCCUGCGCGCUCACUGCGUGGAUACGCAAUUAAACAACGGCUGCGGAUGCACAACGGACUGACAGCCGAUGACCCCGAGAAGCCGCUGACGCCGCAGCAGAAGGUGUUGCUCGACCCAAUGUUCCAGUACCAGGAUAUACUGUAUGAGUACGAGGGCUACGACCGCGAACGCGAGUACCGCGAGCUUUACACCUUGCACAUACUCAACCACGUCUACAAAACACGUGAUCGCAUCUUGAAGAACAACCAAAAACUCCAAGACAACCCCGAUCAAGAGCUGCUGGACCAAGGUUUCACGCGCCCGAAGGCGCUGGUAGUCGUGCCCACGCGCGCCACUGCGUACGACGUCGUGGACCUGCUGUUGCAGCAGUCCGGAAUUGAGCAGGUUGACAAAAAGUCGAAGUUCAAAGACCAAUUCUACGACCCAUCGCUGCCGCCAGCCUCUAAACCAAAAUCAUUCCAGCAUGUGUUCAAGGGCAAUACCAACGACUUCUUUGUGCUUGGCAUGAAGUUCACCCGUAAGGCGAUCCGCCUGUACAGCAACUUCUACCAGUCCGACGUCAUCGUCUGCUCGCCGCUCGGCCUGCAGCUUAUCAUCGAAAACACCGAUAAGAAGAAGAGGCAAGAUGACUUUCUUUCCAGCAUUGAAGUUAUGGUGCUCGACCAACUCCACUCGAUUGAGUUCCAGAACAUAGCGCAUGUGUCGAACAUUUUUGCCCACAUCAAUAAAAUCCCUCAGCAACAACGUGAUGCUGACUUCAGCAGGAUCCGCAUGUGGUACAUUGAGGACCAGGCGAAGCUCUUCCGCCAAACCAUGGUGUUUACUCGCUACAUCUCGCCUUUCGCAAACGCGCUACUCAACCGGAAGUGCGCUAACUGGGCGGGCAGAGUAAAAAGCCACCGCGUGGUCUCCGCUGAAAAGUCUGUCAUUGGCCAGUUGGGGCUCAAGCUACGACAGAUAUUCCAGCGGUUCGAGGUUCUUGGCGGCAGUACGGUAGACGAACCCGACUUUCGGUUCAAGUUCUUCACCAGUGUGGUCGUGCCCGGCAUCGAGAAGACCACCGGCUACGACUCAGGCAUUCUCCUUUACAUCCCCGAAUACACAGAUUUCAUCAGGGUCCGCAACUACCUCAAGGACAAGACCCGCAUCCUGUUUGGCGACAUCAACGAGUACAGCGACCAGCGGCAACUCACGUCCAACCGUGCGCUCUUCCAGCUCGGCCGCAUCAAGGUCCUGCUGUACACCGAGCGUCUGCAUCACUUCAGGCGAUUCGAACUCAAGGGUGUCAAGAGCGUCAUUCUCUACAAGCCACCUUCUAACCCCGAGUUCUACCAAGAGCUUCUCCGCUAUAUCGGCAAGAGCGCCUUCCUGGGCGUCGCAGACCUAAACAUCGCGACCGUAAGGUGCUUGUACUCGAAAAUGGACAGUCUGGCACUGGAGCGCAUUGUUGGCACCAAGCGCGCCGCCGUCCUGACCCAUGGCCAGAACGAAGUCUACGAAUUUAAGUAG